AUGGUUCAGGAUCAGAGCCGUGGUGAGGAGACGACGGGAUUGUCGGAGUGGAAGCAACGUCCCCCAUACCGUAUCCACGAGAAGAACGACAAUUUCGAUGUCAAGUACGAAGCCAACUGCCACUGCGGAAAGGUCAAGUACCAGCUCAACCGGAGAGAGCCUCUAGACAGCAAGCUAUGCCAUUGCACGACAUGCCAGACUCAGCACGCUGCACCUUUUCAGUGGGCCGCUAUCUUCCACAAGACAGACAUCAACUUCACCCACGGCCACCACAACCUCGAAUGGUACGACCCCACUGAGAAGUCCGUCGAGCACAAGCUCCCAUGCAAAGUCCGCUGCUCGUACUGCCACUCACCCAUCAUGGACGAGGGUCGCAACAUGAUCCUGCUGUUCCCUUCACUGGUGCACCUCAAGACAGACGAAGACAAGGCCUACUUCAAGCCCCGCUGCCACAUGUUCUACGGUCAGCGCGUAAUGGAUAUCCCAGAUGGCCUGCCCAAGUGGAGUGGGCUGAGCGGCGAAUCGGAUCUGAUUGAGGAUAGUCCACCUGAUUUGGUCAGGGAGACUGAGCGUAAGCGGGAGGAGGAGAGGAAUAAGAAAAUGUCCAAAGGAAAGCCGGAUGAGGUUACUAAGGAGGGGACUCAGGGUAGGAAGGAGGGUGCUGGCUCCAACACCGCUUAG